ACGCGCGGCGGCGGCAGCCAAUGGGGAGGCGCGUUACUGCGCGGUGCCCCGGUUGAGGAAGUGGCCGCCGUGUCCGUGUCCCCCCCGGUCCCAAGUCCGGCCUCGCUCCGGGAUGUGCUGAGGGCGCGCCCGCCGCCCCUCCCAGGCGUGAAUGACAGAGGAGGUGCCCCCGACUGCACUGACGGACGUGAACCUGCGCCUGCUGUGCCACGAUGACAUAGACACGGUGAAACAGCUCUGUGGAGACUGGUUCCCAAUAGAGUACCCUGACUCAUGGUACCGAGAUAUCACUUCCAACAAGAAGUUCUUUUCCCUCGCAGCCACCUACAGAGGCUCCAUCGUGGGCAUGAUAGUGGCAGAGAUCAAGAGCAGAACGAAGGUGCACAAGGAGGAUGGAGACAUCCUAGCUUCCAAUUUUCCUGUGGACACUCAAGUUGCUUACAUCCUGAGUCUUGGAGUGGUGAAGGAGUUCAGAAAACAUGGAAUAGGUUCACUCUUGCUGGAGAGUUUGAAGGACCACAUCUCCACCACUGCCCAGGACCACUGCAAAGCCAUCUACCUGCACGUCCUCACCACCAACAACACAGCAAUAAACUUCUAUGAAAACAGAGACUUUAAACAGCACCACUAUCUCCCCUAUUACUAUUCCAUCAGAGGGGUCCUCAAAGAUGGCUUCACCUACGUCCUCUACAUCAACGGCGGGCACCCACCCUGGACAAUCUUUGACUACCUACAGCACAUUGGAUCCACACUAGCCAGCCUGAGCCCGUGCUCCAUUCCCCAGAGGAUAUACCGGCAAGCCCAGAGCCUCCUGUGCAGCCUCCUGCCCUGGUCUGGCAUCUCUGCCAAGAGCGGCAUCGAGUACAGCCGGACGAUGUGACCGCAGGGGGUGUGGGAAGCCCAGGAUCGUUCCUCCUUCCACGAGACCCACCCGGCUCUGCGCUGGUUCCAGUGAUGACAGCUCUUGGCCAGUGACCCAGCCCCUGGGCGGGACUCCCUGUUCCACAGGGACUGACAUUUGGCAGACUUGACCCCGGGGCUCAGCCCCGGCCCCCCGUGGGCUGGGGCGGGCCUGGGUGUCCGUCUCCACUCCGUGUGCAUGUUGCACUGUCCCCACCACCUCCCUCGCCUCCGGUUUGCUCCUUCCAUACACGUGGGUUCAGCUGCUGCUCCCACUGCUCCCAGAGCAGCUGAGGGAGGGUCAGGAAUGUGCACUGAGGAACCACUGAACGGCUGGCAGGGGACAGUCGGAGAGUUGUGCUGGGAAAAGGGGAGCCGGGGAAAGGGGGAGUGAGAAUCAUGGUUUGGUCCUCCCACAUCAGCUGCUCGUGCUUCCUGUGGGUAACUUGCAGGGAGAGUAACUGCCUCGCAUGAGAAACUACCCAGCCCCACCAGCCCUCUGGAGUGAUGUACAAAGAAGUGUAGAAUUCAGGAUGCAUCGAGUAGAAGGCAGGGAAUGAAAUUGCUAUUUCAUAGUGAAAUAUAUAUGUAUUAUAGUGUA